AUGAACGAGUUGCGCAAGAUGGACGAAUAGAACGAGCAAGUAAGUCGAGUUUGUAGGCUUGACAGAAAGUAAUAAGUCUCGUCUCGUGGCCUCUCAAUCUCUUGCCAUCUCAUCCCAUCUCAACACCACACCAACACCACUUCUAUUUUCUACAACACGAGUUUUCUUUCACAUAAGACUCACCAGCGUCAUGUACAUCAACAGCAGUGUUUUCCUCGCCAUUGCCGCAACCACCGUCCUCGCAGCACCCGCCCCCAUCCUCAUCAAUCGCGACUCCAAACCCCCAAACCAAUGCGCCACAAAGGGCGGCUCCGUCUCAAACUUUUGGGGCGUCUACAUGAACGACAACCUCAUGUCCUCCGCGCAAGGCACCGGCGACUGGGCCGGCGGUUUCCUCGACAACCUCCGCGGUCGCUGUGGAAGCAUCACCAAUUGGCAAGCCAUCCCUGAUAACAGUGGUGGUAUUGCUUGCAGUUUCAACACCUCUAAGUUCUGUCAGGCGUAUGAUGUUGCUGCUGCGUUGCAUGCUGCUUCUGGGGAGUGGGUUUAUUGUGAGGGGCUUACUAUGAAUGACCUUUUUGAUUCGGCGGGUAAUAUCAUUGAAGGAUUCAUGGGGGUACUGGGUGAUGCUGCUUCGAUUGUUGAGCCUUUUGUUUGAUGGUCGAUUGCGUACCGGGAGGAGUUGAGCAAGUCCGAGUCUGAGAGGUGUGGAAUCUAAGAGUUCUAUUUAGUAAUCUAUCUGGCUUUGCAAAGUCGAAGGAACUUCACUCAGCACAUCCUGACCCACGAUAAUGAUCUCAACUCCAGUCGAUGUCAAUGAGUAUAGCGAUGAACGAUCUGGGC